GUCUUCAUCGGUUCGAUUAAUUCGAAUGGAAAUUGUUCUGAUUGGAUGGUGAAGAUUUUCCAGCCGUGGGUGAUCAAAACGUAUGGCGAUAGGGCAAAAACGAAAACCAUCACGCUGAAGAAGCAGACGCGGAUCAUCCGGGCUCUGAAGGGACUGGAGAUGAACAAUCCGGACAGCUCCAAGUUUCGGUUUUGGGUCAAGUCGAAAGGUUUCACUACAUUCCAGCCAAAAGGUUUUCAGGAUAUCUCAGUGUUCCAAAACCAGGAAGAAAACGAUGGGUGUCUCCUGUUCGCGCCGAACACAACAGAGACUGAUACCCAACCCUACAAAAAGGUAGCGGUGGUGGAAAAUUUCUUCAAUAUCAUCUACGGGGUACACGUGUCUCUGGGAAGUCGCUCUAGCCGGCAUGCCGGACAGAAGCGAACCUAUCGGACGAUUACAGAAACGUACGCCUUUCUGCCCCGGGAAGCCGUGACCAAGUUCCUAUCGCUUUGUGGUCAGUGCUCCCGGGCACUUCGUCCCCAGACACCGCAUCUGAGGUUGAACGAAUCGAACCAAUCAUGCAGCCCGCAGAGCAGCAAAUUCAACGAAUCCUUCGAAUCACAUCGAAAGAAGGAAGCCGAUACCGUGCCAAAGACGACGACGGCAACGAUUCCUGUGCCCUCGCAAGGUGUUACCUCAAGUGUUAGUAGUACUAGUAAUAGCAACGGUAGCAAAAGUUACCCCACAAGUUCAAGUUUUAAUAGUUUAACUAAUUGUGACGAGAUUUACUCGAAGUUGAUGGAUUACUGCAAAACGCAAGGCGAGGAACGUGCGCUUGGAGUAGCCUCGAGUGCUGAUGAUAACUCAACGUACUACCAGUUGUUGAAAACGUUUUACGAUAAUGUUCGCCGGAAUGCCAACGACGACGACGCCGACGUCAAACUGCCAUUGAGCGAGCAGCGUCGGGAUGUUGUUGAGGUGGGGGUAGGGGGAAGUGAUACACACUCGAUGACGAAGACUCCCGGCGAGGAACAAUCGGUGGUGACGGUAGUGGAUCUUACCGGAACGCCUGACUCCGAUAAAGCAUCCGGUCGAAAUUCUUUAAGAGUGCCUAAAAGUGUUACUAUAGAAGAAAGUUGUACCCCCGACCGGGGGCAACGAGAAGAAAGUGCUGGGUUAGGGGACGACACUGAAGAUUCUUCUUCGUCAUCAUCCUCAUCCUCGUCCUCGGAGGAUGAAGACGAGGAAAAAGUUUUUCCUGGAGCGCCACCCUUCCUUUCGACGGUUGAGGAAACAGCAGCAGCAGCAGCAGCAAGUGAGAAUGAAAAAGUGAGACUGAAUAAUAAUCUAGAAGACGAUAAGUUCGAUGAUGAAAGCGAACAAGAAGACGGCGAAGCCGAAGUUGUCAGCUCUUCGGCGGGUGGCAUGAGAUUGCAAAAGGAUCCGCGGAAUAGGAUGAAUCGGCAACAGCCGGCAAGCGCUGCUAGCGAAGACGAUGCUAGGCCAAUUACUUCGACGUAUCUGGAGUUAACGCGGAGCAUGGGUGUUACGGAUGACGAUGCGCUCAAUAUGAAAGGCUAA